AUGGCCCGUCCCGGUUUGCCCGACGAGCGGACCCCGUUGAAGAGAGAUUCUGAAGUAUCUACUCAGCCCACGGUUGCUGGAAAAGCUUCUGAUGCCCGCCUCGACACCCAUGAGCACUAUGAGUUUGGUGGACCUGUUGGAGUGGCAGCCAUGAUGGCUUUCUUCCCCCCUAUGAUGUACUACUUCUGGAUCUGCCUUAGAUUCUACAAUGGGUCGCUCGUGCACCCUGACUCUCUCAGCGACAUCGGGCCAUUUUUCUGUCGUAUGUGGCAGCAUAUUUGUCAGGAUGCAGCCCCAACCCUUAGGGCGUGGCUAAUCUACACUGGCCUUAUGGCUUUCGAGCUUGCGUUGGCGUUUAUUAUGCCCGGAUACAAGCAAGAAGGCCUACCAGUACCAUCUCUUGGAUAUAAGACCUUAACGUAUCAUUGCAAUGCCCUGUGGUCUUUCUAUGCAACUCUCAUGGCCAGCGCUGCGUUGCAUAUAACCGGUAUCUUCAGACUUACUCAGAUAAUCGACCACUUCGGCGAAAUUAUGACAGUUGCAAUUAUAUACGGGUUUCUGCUUUCGUUUAUUGUCUAUGGCGUGACCAUUGGACUCGGCAAACAGAUGCGAAUGUCAGGAAAUUUCUUCUACGAUUUCUGGAUGGGCGCUUGUCUUAACCCUCGUUUGGGCAUUGUCGAUCUGAAGAUGUGGGCCGAAGUUCGCAUCCCAUGGGUCUUGCUGUUCCUUAUCGCUGUAUCCGGUGCAUGCAAGCAGUACGAUACUUACGGUUAUAAUAUGGCAUUCAUGGUCCUUGCUACUGGGCUCUAUAUUAACGCUUGCGCCAAGGGGGAGGAAUGUAUUCCUCAGACCUGGGACAUGUUUUAUGAAAAAUGGGGCUUUAUGAUUAUCUUCUGGAACUUUGCUGGCGUUCCUUUUACCUACUGCUAUCCAGUGCUGUAUCUCGCUUCCCAGGAGCCGGAAAAGUAUCAGUUCCCGGUGGCCGUCUACAUCUUACUCUUCACCACGUUACUCACAGCCUACUACAUCUUUGACACCUCAAUGUCCCAAAAAUCUCGGUUCAAGAUGCAGACGCAGGGUACCUACAAUCCUCGUUGGGCAUUUCCUCAGUUGCCGUAUGGGACUAUUGAAAACCCUACUUUCAUUGUAACUGCACAUGGGAAUAAGCUGUUAACAUCCGGGUGGUGGGCAUAUGCACGCAAGCCAGUAGAACUACACCGCCGAUUGGAUCCAGGCCUUAACUUGGAGCCUGAGUACUGGUCCACCGAUGCAGCCGAGACUUUGAACGCUGCUCGCGCAAGUACGGAAAAGACUGGGAUCGGGAGCCUCGGAGCUGAACUGAGGCCCAUUGCCGUAAGCACAGCUUUGGCUCGGGACUUGUCAUUCGUCCCAGCGAAUCUUAAAAGCUCAAUCACUCCACCUUUCUCACUCGUUCAUGCAUACUACCCCAUCGCCCUCGAUGACGAUCCCGCCACCCUGGCGGAGAUGCAGGCUCUGAAAGUACCUGGUCGAGUGUCCAACUCUGGUCCUCCGUUCAACCCCAAACUUGGCCCUAGCGUCGGAGAAACCCUCCCUCUUCCUAUCUUGAAUUUCUUGCUGCGACGGUUGGCUCUGACUCUUCCCGGCUUCCAAGAUGUUCCCAAAGAUGUCUGGUCUCAGCAUGCGCAACAAAUACUGGAGGCUCUUGCGGCACAGGACUUGAGCGACAGCUUCGAUAAGGGGUCAAUCAGUAAACGAAAGAUUCUUGGAUUUGCUGUUGUAAUUGUCGCAGAGUACGCAGUUAGGGGUGCUCUGGGCGGUGUACCGGGUCGGGGUUCACAUAGGGAAAAGAUACAAGAUAAAUGGGAUCCAAACAACCCGUCAGAUGUUUUGCGUGCAUGGGACGAGAUGAUUUAUGGGUUUGCGUAUGGCACUCAGAUGGAUGAGCUUGUUGAAUUAACAGCUCAAACUGACGACUUGACCAAAUUACCACCGAUGCUCCAAGCGGCACAUCAGUUUGCGACCAUGACUUGCGCCUCUUUUCUUCAUUAUUUGCUCGUUGUUAACCCUGCUGGACCAACCCUUGUUACACUUAUCAAGCGCGUACACGGGCUGCUGCCUUAUGGUCUCCUGCGACAGACCUUACGUGUAAGCAAUGCUGCAACGUUGCUGAGUGCAGUGCUGCGGAUAUUCCUACAACAUACACCCAGUGUUCGAGGAUUUUUCAGCGGAAAGAAAGGGCAAAACCUACUUCAAACAAUCAUGUCAUCUAUCCUUGGGGGUGACGAAACACGCAUCAUGCGGCGUAUCAGGGAGCUGGACUCCAGCCCUGAUGCGGGGACGCCAGAGCAAGUCGCGGCAAUUGAUGACUACGUUCAGAAUGGCACUCGUGAAGAAAAGCUUGAGAUUCGUGAUGCGAGUGUCAUUGAGUCACGUUCGAUCGUUGCUAUCAUUCUGCUACGCAAUAAACUCCCGCUCCCCACCUCAGAAGAGGUUCACACCAACCUAUUAAAUCGGCUAUCCCUCGCUCUCGCAGCCAGAGACCGCCAGCGGCUGAUUUCUGUGCUCUGUGAAAACCCAGUCGAUACCGAAGACCAUCUUGCCAACCUUAUCCGUGCAGUCGGCAAUGCAUUUGACCCCAUACUACGUGGUGUACAUCGUGCGACGGACUUUGCGGGCGCUAUAACCGACAUUCAAGCUUUCCUAGAUGCGCUGCUGGUGCUCGCCGAGGAUAAAUCAUCUGGUCCUGCCGAGUACUUCGAAUUAUGCAAGGAACACCAGAAAAAUAUCCACAAGUUCUUACACGCAUUGGCCAAGAAUGCCCCAGAGCUCAAGGAGGCAUACUUGAAAUGGUACAAGGAAUGCAUGAAGGUCUAUGCCCGCCCCAAGGGCGGAUAUGCGCCCCCAGCUGCAGAGUCGGGUUACGGAGAAGCCAAUAGCGCAGGCACUCUCACACCAGACCUCUUGAAAUUGGUUCAAGAUUUAUCAGACCAAGACCGCGCAACUGUUAUGGCCGAAAUCGAUGAGUACGUGGCCUGGUUGGAGGAUCUCUCAUCCAAGUCGGAGGACCGUACGGACAAGCUGAUCGCUUCUUCUACCCCGAGGCCUAAAGUUGGCCCGGGUAUGUAUCUUGCAAUGUGGGAGGACAUGAUUGCGUCAACUGGCGUAACUCCAGUCGAGGUGCAGGGGCCAGUGAGGUAUGGAACUACCGAUAGCGUGCAGAGCGCAAGCCGGAAAGACGAUGGCGAGCAUGGUGAAGCUGCUGCGCCGCGGCUGUAUGUUGGGACAGGGAAAGCUGCGCCCAAAAUGCCUAAGACUCGAGAGGUCUUAUCGGGUCCAUUUGAACAGCUGCUGAUCAAAAUUUGCAUGAAGUAA